AGUGAGUCUUUUGCUGUGUUUAACGUUGACAGCGGGACCCCGAGGAAGAGGAGAGGCACAGUGGGAGACACGGGGCGAGUGAGUCGGACACAAAGGAGGAGUAAGAGAGGGACAGAGUCGGUCUCAGUCGGCCCCACACACCGCCGCCAAGAUGUCGAAGAAAAGUCCGACCAAGGUCAUCACCAGGAUCCAGCCCACCAACCUGGCCAUGUUGAUUGCUCAGAUGCAAAAGAAUGCAGACGUAGUGGAGAAAAACAUCCUCCGAUCUGAGCAACUUUUGGCUGAGGAUGGAGAAAAUGACCGCAAUGACGUAGCUUUGAAGCACCAGAAUGAGCUCUGUGACAUUCUGGGUGAAGCCGAGAGCCUGCUGAAGAACCUCUUCUUGGAUGUGGACACAGCCAAGAAGCUCAAACACCCGCAGGCCAGAGAGAUCGAGAGCGAUGUCCUCCACCUCCACGAGCGCUGGCUGAAGGACUGUACUUUCUAUCGAGAUAUCUAUGAGCAGAUUGACGACGUGUCACUGAUGCCCAGGAUCGACUGGGCACCUGUUUUUAAUACCAAGCAAGCACAAGUAAGCAGUAACCUGUAUGGGCCUACCAUCGCAGAAUUGGAGAAGCAGAUUGCUUCUCACAAACUCUUGCACCAGGAAAUUGAGGCCUACAACCCACAGCUGUGCGUCAGCUCUGCCGGUACAAAGGAGAACUACACGGCCCUCAAGAAACAGUACAACAAUCUUCUGGAAACCUCCAAGUGGCGUGGCCACUACUUGGGCAGCCUUUAUGAGUACAUGCAGGGCUGCAACAAGGAGCUGACUUUCCUGGAAGAGGAGCAGGAUAAGAUCAAGAAGAGGGACUGGAGUGACCGAAUGGUGGAUCCUCCAGAUGUCCGCCGGCAGUAUGAGAACUUCAAGAACAACAGUUUGUUGUCACAUGAGAGCGAGGUGAACAAACUCCAGGACGAGGGAGACAGACUUAUUGAGAACAAGCACCCUGCCAGCGCUCUCAUACAGGCUCAAAGAGACACCGUACGCAACGAGUGGCAGAAGUUCCUCCACUUGUGCAUUUGUCAGGAGACACACCUGGAUAAUUUGGAGCAGUACAAAAAGUACCAACUGGACACCGAACAACUGUCAGAGAAUCUGAGCAAACUCAACCAUAGCUUGGACCCAAAGAUUGCCAGCAGGAUGAGCAACUCGGAGAUGCUGCUGCAGCUUGAGGCGGAAGAAAAAGCUGUGCAGGACAGUGAGCAGCUGCUGGCAGACCUGAGAAGACGCAGUACCAGCAUUGCUCCUCUGAAGUAUCGUCGUACUCCUCCAAACAGAUCGGUCACAUUGGAGUCCCUCUGUGAUUGGGAGUCUACCAGGGGACCUCUGUCAAGAGGCGAGAAGUGCACCUUGAAAUCUAACCCCGACAAUGAAAACUGGGACGUUAUAACCAACAAAGGGGUCACUAACACCUUCCCAGGGGUAUGCUUCAUGAUCCCACCACCUGAUCCAGAGGCCAUCAACAAAGUGGACCUUUUGGGUGGUGAACUGGGAGACAUAAAGAAGAGGAGAGGCGCUCUUGCAGCAUCGCUCAAGAAUCACAAGUCAGAGAUGGCCAGAUCCCUGCAGUCAGCACCAGUGUCGACUCCCACGUUGGAUCCCAGAUUGGCAGCGCUUGGACUCCGGUUGGACAAACUGAAUGCCGACCUGGACAAUGCUGAUAAGGACACGCUGAACCGCAUGCGAUCCCCACUCAGCCGCUCCAAUCCCACUGGAGAUCUGGUCAACAGGAUGAAGGAACAGGAACAAGCUGCCAGGGCACUAAAAGGUCUGGAGCAGGAGAAACUUGCGGCUAAGGCUGACCUGCAGCCUCUCCUGUCCAAAGAUCCUAAUGCUUCCUUUGCCCUGCCACUCAAACUGAACAAUGCCGAAAACAAGUAUGAUGGCCUCUCUGCACUUGCUGACCUCUAUGCCAAAAAGACAAAUGCAUCCCUCAACCUCGAGAAUCAGAUUAGGAAGGUGGAUGGCAUCAUCUCAGGGUUUGAAAAGAGGCUCAGUGAAGAUGGCCCAAUACUCGAUGUGCCAAACUCGAUUCAAACUGCCAAUGAGAGCCUUCAUCAACAGCGAAAGGCUGUGGCAUCGGCUCAGCCCGAGAUGAGGAAGCUAAGUCAGGACCUGGAGGCCACUGAGCAGCUCUGCAGCUCUCUGCAGCAGGGAUACCAGGAGUUUUGUCCCGACAUCCAACGGCAGAGAUGGGAGGUCAAACAGCUGCACAACCGCUAUGCAAACCUUGACAACCAGCUGAAGGAGAGAGAGAACAUCUUACAAGACGCUGGUGCCAAAAACCAAGAAUUCCAAAGCUCAGCCAAAUCCCUGAACUUUUUCCUGAACAACCUGCCAAGAAACAAGAUCAACUACAGUGAUGAUGUGUCUUCGGUCGCCGCUAUGCAGAGCUCGCAGGAGAGGGUGAUGGAUGACCUGAAGCGGAAAGGCAAUGAAGUGGACAGACUGUCCGACUUGUCUCAAGACCUGCAGAAUCUACUUGCUGAGUAUGAUGCCAACAUCGGCAAAUUCAACAGUACGCUGGAAGAUGCAGGUGUCACUGUUGCAAAGCGACCGUAUACGCUCACACUUGCGGAAGCUGUUCAGAAAGAGGAAAGGGAUCUGGUUAACCGCUACGCCGAGGCGUCAGCUGAAAAUGGUCAGCGGCAAAAACAGUUGGGUUUGGCCCGGAAUCUCAUUGCACAAAAUGAUGAGAAAGUCCAGCUGCUGGCACAACAUCAGGUGCAGCUGGAAAGCCAGCAAAGGAGUGCUUUUGAGUUAAACAGUCUUACCAGGGAGCUGGAGGAAGAGAGGGAGAGGACACUUCACAUUGAGGCUAAUCUAAAAGCCUUCAGAGAUAGGCUCAUGUCACUGAAGAAUCGCAGAGGAGUAGAACGUGUUGAGGAAAAAGAAGUGCUUCAGUACUACCGUGACCCAAAACUGGAGGCUGACUUAAUCGAACUUCAGAAGACACUUCAUGAAGAGAUACGGAGACGGACCACCAUCCACAGUGAGAUUGACAUUUAUAACAAGAAAUUUGGUCUCUUUGAGGACAACCUCAAAAACACCGCGCCAAAACUGUUGACGAGAGAAGUGACCGAGUUUGAGAAAGACCCUCAGCUAGAUGUCGAUGCUGCCAAGCUGAGAGAUGAAAUAUCAAGAAUAAGAGAUGAGAUUCGACUGAGAAACUCGGAGUACAUACAGAUAAAAACGGAGUUUGAGAUUCUCCAACAGAAGAAACCACUCAUCAAAGAGAGGGUGGUUAAGAAGGAAGUGGUGAAAGUAGAAAAAGACCCAGAAAUGUUGAGAUCCGUGCGGAAAUUCGACACCGAAAUUUCUGAGGAGACGAGCAGGGUUAAAAUCAUAAAUGAUGAAAUAUUUCAAAUGAGAAGCCAAAUUAAUGCCCUGGAAAGACUGAUUGUAAACAUCCAGCCCAAGAUCAUCACAAAGGAAGUCAAAAAGAUUGAACAAGACCCCGAACUCAUCACAGAAUCCAAGAGGAUUCGAACAUCGGUGGAGAGUGAGAUGAUCGAAAACAACUCUUUGUCCAAAGAGUUGAUGGAACUUCACAGUCGCUACAGGGAAAUUCAGGCUCUGAAACCAAAAGUUGAGGUGAAGGAAAUUGUUAAUGAGAUUUACCGGAUCGAUCCAAAUACAGAGGUAGAAAUUUUACGCCUCAGGAAAGACAUACAAGAGGCCAAUGCGCAGCGUUCCAUCAUGGAUAGGGAUAUCACAAAGGUAGGCUCAGAGGUGAAUUUUCUUCGUUCACAAAAGCCCAAGGUAGAAAUGAAAGAAGUUCUUCAAGAGGUGGUGAAGGAAGAAAGAAGCCCUGAAAAUGAGAGAGAGAUUCUAAGGUUAAAUGAGCAGAUUAACUUCAUCCACAACAAUUACAACUUUCUCCAAGAUCAAGUGAGGACACUCAAGAAAGAGAGAGACGGCUGGAAGGCUGAAAAGUCUAAGAUCGAGACCAAAGUCCUCACUAGAGACGUCAUUAAGUAUGAACCGGAUCCGCUCUUGGAGAAAGAAGCUGACCGUCUGAGAAGAGAUUUGAGGGACGAGGCCCAAAGGCGCCGUUCUAUUGAGGAGCUGGUGUUUGACCUGAAAAACAAAUACAUCCUGUUGGAAAGACAAAAACCAGAGGAAAAAGUGGUUGUGCAGGAGGUUGUGCGUUUGCAGAAGGACCCGCGGCAAGUGCUUGAGCAUGAGAGGCUGAGUAGAAGCCUGGAUGAAGAAGUGAUGACUCGACGUCAAAUCGAUUUAGAGCUGCAGCAGCUCAGAACCAAGGUGGAAGAGAAGGAGCGGCUCCUCAGAGCAAGUGAUGAGCAUCAAAAGAGGAUCAUAGCAGAGUCUGAACUCAAGGAAAUCAGGUUGCGUAUCCACCAACUUGAACAUGCGCCGCCUGCUGUCUCAGAAAAUAUUGUUGUUGAGGAGGUACUGAAAGUGGAGAGAGACCCCAAACUGGACAGGUUGAUUAAUGGUCUGCGGGUCGAUAUGGAUAAGGAAACCAGCGAUAUACUGCGUCUUCAGAGAGACAUCCGUAACAUCACUCUUAGGCUUGAGGUCCUCCAGAAAGAAAAGUCUAUUGAGAAGAAAGUAUACAAAGAAGUAGUCCGUGUUGAAAAAGACCAGGCUGUGGAAGCGGAGAGGGAUCGCCUGAGGGAACAAGUUUCCAAGCAGAAAUAUACAAGGCAGGACAUCGAGGAUCAAAUCAAACGCCUCAGUGCUAAAACAAACCAUCUGAUGACGAGCAAGUCCAGCAGCUCCAGAGAAGAAACUACCCUAACGAUGAACAGAGACAGCUUGAUGAGAGAGAAGGACAACCUGACUCGCGAGCUCCGGACACUGGAGACAAAGAAACACGACAUUAGCAUCUCUUUCGAGCAGCAGAGCAGACUCAUGAGUGAGAGAACACAGAUGAGCAGGCACAGAAGCAUGAAGAUGGGUUCUGACAUACAGCAAAUCGAAAGGGAAAUCCUGAAUGAAAAAGACAAGAUCCAUAUCCGUGACAGCACCAUUCGCGACCUCCUACUGAACCUGCAGAAAGAGGAACAUACCGAAACCAGAACCAAGGAGACCAACAUGUCAACUAAAAUCACCAUUCUGGAUCCGGAUACCGGCAGAGACAUGUCUCCCUAUGAUGCCUACCUGCAGCGGCUAAUCGAUCGCCAACAGUACAUUCAUCUGCAGGAGCUUGAGUGUGACUGGGAAGAGACAACUUCUGUGGGACCCGAUGGCGAGACAUCGGUAUUGCAGGAUCGCAAGAGUGGCAAUCAGUACUCCAUUAAAGAUGCCCUGAAGGAAGGCCGACUAACACAGAUUGAUUUGGAUAGGUACAAACAAGGCAAACUCCACAUCUCAGAGUUUGCCUUGCUCGUUGCUGGUGAAAGCAAGCCAAAGAACCAGUUCAACUCAUUUGUCCCAAGGACCAACACAGCAGUGAAGUCAGCCCCAAUUGACUUUGCUGCUGUACAGGCGUAUCCAAUUGCUGGGAUCAUGGACACACACACAGACACCUGCUUCAGCAUACGCAGCGCUGCCAUGCGUAAACUUAUCGACGCCACCACAGCCCAAAAGCUUCUGGAGGCCCAGGCGGCAACCGGUGGCAUCAUUGACAUCACCACCAAAGACAGACACUCAGUUCAGAAGGCAGCUUCCAGAGGCCUCAUUGAUGAAAGUCAGCUCCAGAGGCUCCUCAACGCUCAAAAGGCUUACACUGGAGUGGAAGACCCCGUCACCAAAGAGCGUCUGUCUGUGGGAGAGGCCAUCCAGAAAGGAUGGAUGCCAAAGGAAAGUGCAACUUGGUACAUGGAAGCGCAGCACCUGACUGGAGGGCUGGUUGAUCCCAACAGCAACAAAAGAAUCAGCAUCGUGGAUGCUAUUGGAUCCAAAGUGAUCAACAGCGCCAUGAUGAGAGAUCUUCAAGCUGAAACCAAUUACAAGAAGGAUAUCACCGAUCCCCUCACAAAGCAGAAGAUCAACUACAAACAGGCCCUGGAACGCUGUAAAAGAGACCACAAGUCCGGCCUUCUCAUGUUGCCAGCCUCCUCCAAAGAGUCUGGAUACACUCCAGCAUUCAACAGAUAUGCGAGAUUCUAAAUGUGUUUACAGCUUAGAGUUAUAUGCUUUGUGAAGUAAUAGAUUAAAAAAAUGUGCCUAUACAUUUGGGAUAUUAUACGAACAUAAAUAGUGCAUAUAAUGUGUCUUUUUUAAUCUGGCAAGCUUUCUAUCAACCCCUCCACCCCGCCCCCUUCCAAAAAAAACA